CAAAAACGUGUUUUUAAUAAACCGUUCAAUCCUCGCAAAGUGGUCGAGGAGGAAAAGAGAACGAGAGGGACAGAUAACAACAGCUAGAAGGAAUUAAACAUUUAAAGGAUUACACACAAAAAAGCAGAAUGUAUGAAGAUAAAUGCAGGGAUUACAAUGACUUAGGAGGAGAGCGCUUAAAACUCUUGCUUUCCAGUAAUGCACUCCAUCACCGCGGCUCCGGCCGUGUUGCAGAGCCUCUGCAUGUUCAUAUUUGGAUGUGUGCGCACAAGACGGAAAGAGAGAGAGUGGGGGUAUCUUCCACUGUACUCCUGUGUGCAUUUGUGUGUGUGUGUGUGUGUGUGUGUGUGUGUGUGUGUGUGUGUGUGUGUGUGUGUGUGUGUGUGUGUGUGUGUGUGUGUGUGUGUGUGCAAUUCAGCCCCAAAGGUUUGCAGUGAUGCUCUCAGUUCAUGCGCUACAGAUGUCUUCCAAGCGACCAGCCUCUCCAUAUGGGGGGACAGAUGGAGAGGUAACCAUGGCAACCAGCAGACAGCGAGUGGAGGACGAGGAGAGCGAGGGACCGGGCGGUGUCAUCCACCUCCCUCUGGCCUCUUAUUGCGGAAAGGUGUCCCCUCACUCGCCCCCCAGCCGCCACUUGGACAGCCCCCCCAGCACGGAGCACGAUGGGAUCAAGGGGAGCUCUCUGAGUCCUUACCCACAGCACAACGCUACCUCACCGGGCAAAGAGGAGGGCGGAGGCGGGGGGAGACCCUGCAGCGACGGCGGCUCGGCUACCAGCACCCUGGGGACCCCCGAGAGACGCAAGGGCAGCCUGGCGGACGUCGUGGACACGCUGAAGCAACGCAAGAUGGAGGAACUGAUCAAAAACGAGCCAGAAGAGGCCCCCAGCAUUGAGAGGCUGUUGUCAAAGGACUGGAAGGAUAAACUUUUGGCCAUGGGCUCAGGGCACAUCGGAGAAAUUAAAGGUACCCCAGACAGCCUGGCGGAGAAAGAGCGCCAGCUCAUGGGCAUGAUUGGCCAGUUGAGCAGCCUGAGGGAGCAGCUUCUGGCGGCGCACGAGGAGCAGAAGAAGCUGGCCGCCUCACAAAUGGAGAAGCAGAGGCAGCAGAUGGAGCUGGCCAAGCAGCAGCAGGACCAGAUUGCCCGGCAACAGCAGCAGCUCCUGCAGCAGCAACACAAAAUCAACCUCCUGCAGCAACAAAUCCAGCAGGUCCAGGGCCAGCUCCCUCCACUGAUGAUUCCCGUGUUUCCUCCUGACCAGCGCACCCUGGCGGCCGCCGCAGCCCAGCAGGGCUUCCUAAUGCCCCCCGGCUUCAACUACAAGCCCGGCUGCAGUGACCCCUACCCUCUCCAGCUCAUCCCCACAACAAUGGCCGCCGCCACGCCCGGCCUGGGGCCCCUGCAGCUACAACAGUUGUACGCAGCUCAGCUGGCGGCCAUGCAGGUCUCCCCGGGGACGAAGCAGCACGGUGGCAGCCUCGCGCCCCAAGCCAACCUGGGCGCUCACUCCCCACCCACCAACUCACAUUCGCAGGGCGACAAGAACCGCAGCACCCCACCUUCAAACAAAAACAAGGACAGUGAGGGUGCACAGCCACUGAACCUGUCGGCCAAGCCGAAGGCAUCCGAGAGCAAGUCACCCAACUCCCCCCCAACUUCCCCACAGGUUCCCGCUGCCGCUGCCGCCACCACCAAGCUGGGUCCCGCCGGCUCCAUGAAGCACAGCGCCGUGCCCUCCAGCAUCGGAACGCCGUCCACCAGAGUCAGCUCAAUAGCAGACUUGUUGUCUUCAUUGUCGUCGACAGCCUACCUGAACGACCACGAGGCGGUGAGCAAGGCCUUCGCCGAGGCCCGGCAGAUGAAGGAGCAGCUGAAGGGGGAGCAGCAGGCCCUGGACGCCAAGAUGGCCUCCGUCAGCAACCUCAGCCUCAACAACGGCCGCUCCGACAAGGACAAAGCUGCCUUGGAGAGUUUGAGUCAGCAGCUGAAGCAGCAGGCCGACGACAAGUUCAGCCACGCCAUGCUGGACUUCACUAUGAGCGGAGACUCUGACGGUUCCCCUAGCGUGUCGGACUCCAGAAUAUUUCGGGAAACGCGUGGCAGGAACAACAACGAGCCGCACAUCAAGCGGCCAAUGAACGCCUUCAUGGUUUGGGCCAAGGACGAGAGGCGGAAGAUCCUCCAGGCCUUCCCAGACAUGCACAACUCCAACAUCAGCAAGAUCCUCGGCUCGAGGUGGAAAGCCAUGACCAACCUGGAGAAGCAGCCCUACUACGAGGAACAGGCUCGCCUCAGCAAGCAGCACCUGGAGAAAUACCCGGACUACAAAUACAAGCCGCGGCCCAAACGCACCUGCCUGGUGGACGGCAAGAAGCUGCGCAUCGGCGAGUACAAGGCCAUCAUGAGGUCCCGCAGGCAGGAGAUGAGACAAUACUUCAGCGUAGGGCAGCAGGGCCAGCUGCCCUUAUCCUCUGCCGGCAUGGUCUACCCAGGUGCCCUUUCAAUGGCAGGGAUGCCCUCCCCCCAGAUGCCCUCAGAGCACUCAAGUAUGUCCAGCAGCCCAGAGCCCAACGCCAACCACCACCAGAACCCCCACAUGCCCGGACUGAAGGGGGACGAGCCACGGAUCAAGGAGGAGGAGCUGCGGCUAGACGACAGCAACGGUGACGUGUACGAUGAUUUUGACUACGAGGACGAAGACGCCGACUACGCUAGCGACAACGACAACCAUAUCCCCCAUUAAGGCGGCACCGGUCACGGCCGGUGGCGCUCUAAAGAUUCUAAACAUCAGUCAGGAAGAGGAGUUUGUACUUUGCCAAUCACCUCAAGUUUAAAAGAUAAAAAACACCUCCCAUCCCCUCUUCUCCUGACUAACACGGACUCUUUGGGCAGAGCCAGCUCCCCUUCCCCUCCCACUGGAGUCCUGAUACCAGCAUCUGAUCAAUCAACGGAAGCACAGGACCUGUCACUCACACUGACUGUUACACAUGCUGGAGUCUGGGAGGAAGCCAGUUUAAAGCUCACUGAGGAAUAUUCAAGUACUACUGCGAGAGUGUGAUGCCACAAGUGAGAAGACGAUUAUAAAAAUCAACCCUUUUCAGUCCGAUCUGGAGGGAAAGGAGACAUUUUAAACUGAAAAACUAAAACAGCGGACCUGUCAAAGGCUAACGGAUGACACUUUAGGACGGCGGACCUGUUUAUUAUCAAGAGACACUUUUAAGAAACAGCUUUUUUUGUUCUUUGGUUCUAUAAUAUUCUCACUCAGGUACACGGUGCCAAUAAGUGGCUUGUGAAUGUGAUUUGUUGUUUUUUGUGCUACAAGUUUGAAUAAUAAUAGAAAAAAAAGAGACUUUUCUUUUUUUUUUCCCCCUCCCUUUUGUUGUAAAGCACCUGAAAGACAUCAGACCUUUAUUUUUAACUGAAUCCUCAGCCUAGCGGUGUGCUAUCGGUGCCUCCACUCGCCUCUUCCCCCCCCACCGCUCAGGGGGAGGAGACAGAGAGGAACCGAUCGAGGGGGAGGGGGGGCGUCCCGGAGCGGAAUCGAAAGCACUGUGUUUGUGAGACAAUCCACGAGUUUUCUUCUCACUCCGUCCCUCCUGUCUCCAUCUCAAUAUCGUGUAGGACAAAAACUAAAAACAUUUUUUUGAAAGUAAAAAAAAAAAAAAAAAAAUCAUCAUCAGCACGACUUCACCUGAAACAUCCGACAGGUGCGCGUCAGUGUGUGUUGCUUACAGCACUUUUGUUUUUGGUUUAGAGCAACAACAAAAUUUUAAAAAAGGAGCUAAAACAAAAUCUUGAAGGAUAAGAAACUUGUUCUGCUGCUGUUAAUGCGCUGUAACACACACUCUCUCUCACACACACACAGAGAAAGCUAUUGUUCUGUCUAAGUGUUUUCUGCUCCCUCCAAUCAACGUCGUCCUGCUGUAAGCCAGUGGGUGGAGCCGGAGUGCAGUCAGUGUUUCUGUAUUUUAUUAUUAUUUUUCUUUAAAACUGCCUCUAGUCUAAUAUUAUUAUUAUUAUUAUUAACCAUAAUUAAGAGGAUGGUCAGCGUUUCCUGAGUUAAGUAAGUUAUGUACAGUAUAAUUUAUUUUUCUCCUCAUCAGGUUUUUGUGACUAUAUGAAAUGGUCACUGAAACAUUAUUCUAUUUAGCUGGUAGGAAUUUAGAUUUAAGCAGAAGUUGUCCUUUUACCUUGCUUUGGUUUUGUUUGUCUUUCUUUUCCCCUUCUAAAUCUAUUUUGACUUGUAUUAACCCCUGCGGACGGAUGUGUGGCGCAGUUAGGACAGCGAGCUCCUCUAAAGACGCUGAAGACUUUUUUUUUUUAAUUUUAUCUCCAUGCCCAUUUCUACGAAGCACUCAGACUCUCUGCAGUCAGAGAUAAAGAACAUUAAUAUUUGUUAUUAUUAUUGUUAUUAUUGUUAUAAUUUUAUUUGUAAUGAUUAUCACCAUGUACAAUGUGAAGGUUUCCUCUUUUUUUGUUGUCGUUUUCUUUGAGAAUGAUUUGAAGGAUUUCUGUGAACAAAGACCUGUCCCCGUUUACUAGCUGAGCCGCCUCGCCGAGACACAGUGAAGCAUCUGCUGGCAUCCUCACAUCCACAGCACCGCCCAGAAGUUCACAUACUCUUGGUCGGCAUGAAUGUCAAUUAAGACAUUGGAACAUUUCUUAUUUUAAGCUGGACUGAUGAGAUGUAAAAACAAAAACCCAUGAAUUAACAAAAAUAAAUAAAUAAUCAAUUGGCUGUAUAAAACAAGAGUUAGAAUUGUUUUAUAUAUCUUGCUAAACACAUCGUGGCAAGUUGUAUUUGAACUCCACAUUUUUCCAAGCCACGACUCUGUAUUUCCAUAUUUCUGUCUGAUUGACAACUGGCUCUUUCAAUUGCUCAGUUUGCAUUAUAAAUAGGACUAAAGCCUGCUUUAACGAUUCUGAAACCAGUUUUGUACGUUUAUAAUUUGUUGCUUCCAACAGGAUAUCCAAUUUUUGUAACCAUCUAGCAGAAUCACUGACACCAAAACAUUUGCACAACAUGAUGUGCAGUAGUUGGUGCAGUUUUCUUAAUUUUACAAGCGUCACCUCGAUUCCUCCAAUCAAGCUUGCUAAUCUUUACUUGAAGAAAUUUGAGGUCAUGCAAUAGGACUUCAGCCAUUGUGGUUUCUGGGUUGUUCCAGAAGACUCUAACCAAUUUCUCCUCAUUCAACAAAUAGCUGGACAUUAAGACACAGUUGGGUGUCCCAAACUUGUGUAAAAUCUGGCUCUGGAGUACAACAGCCCAGCAUUAUGCAUCUGGAUUGGCUCUGAUAAUAUGCAUAUUUAUAAUUUCCGAUCGCAUCAAGAUAAUGAAUGUUCUCAAAGGGGCUGUAAAGUGACUUAUGUAGUAAUAAAAUCAUCAGUUAAAAUGUAAUAAUUUUAACAUCUUUUCACACUGAUGUAAUUUGGUCCAAUACAAAGGAAAACUGAUUGGAGUUGACUGAUAAAAUAGUACACAGCUUAUCUUAAAGUUCAGUUUAUGUGGGUCUAUAUUUUUUUUAUUUACUCUAAUUUAAGAGCUGUAGAUAUUUAAUUCAUCAUUUAAACUACUGCCUUAUUUGACAUUCAUGCUGAUUAGGGUAUUCAAACGUCUGACUGGCACCGUCUUCACGCACAAACACAAUCACUAAAACACACGCCUACAAUAUAAAGAGAUUAUUAUUGAAACUAAACAAAUUCUAUGCUGUUUUUUUUUUUUUAAACAUUGUACAUUUCUAGAAUGUUUUUGUAAUAGCAGUGAUUUUCUUUCGUCCAAUCAUCAUCAUCACAGUGUUCACUCUGACCCAGCAGGAGUGUUUCACCGUGUCGGCAUGUGAGGCGGCCCGGCGGUAUCUCUAACCUCCCUCAUCAGGAGCCCUUUGCUUUGUUUGAGCUCCACGCGACGCUACAGGAGCCAUGACUACUCUUCAGGUGUGACGUCGCUUAGUGAUCCCCCCCCCAUAUUUUCUUUUUUUCUUUCUUUAAAUCGCUAUAUAAAUGUUCCACAUAAAGAGCUUCUGGGUCUUAAUUAUGCUGUAAAGUCACCCCUGUUAUCACCACACUGUUGCUGGAGAGAGGAAUCAGGAGAGCGAGUGGGGCAUUAAAGACAUCAAUCAUCCCUGCUGGCAAGGUCUGUCCCCAUAACAAGACAAUGAAAAUAUUAUUUAAGACAAUCAGUCACGAGUGGAGCUCACAACAAAGUAAGAAUUAUUACAAGUAAACAAAAAAACUAUCUUACCAUCUCAACUUGAAAAAAAAAAUCAAGAAAGAUAAUUAUGUAAAUAUAACAUAGAGUUAUAGAUUUAUAUUUUGUUCAUAACACAGUGUAAUAUAAGUUGUAUAUUUCUUUUUUUUUUUUUUGGUUUUCUCUCCCUACUGUCUCUUUUAUUGAUGUUUAUUCAUGCCACAGAAAAGUGGAGUCGCAGUGCUCCCUCAAAAAAAUAUGAAAAAAAUAUCAAAGAAAUAAAGAAAAACAAGAAAAAAAAUAAUAAAUUCGUGGGCUGCCACCACCAUCUGUUCUAAGUUCACUUUUUUUUCAGUAUUACUGCCAGACGAGGCUCUAAUAAAGACAGCAAUGUGUUGAGUAAAA